AUGGCCAGUGCUUCUGUAUUUUACGAUGAGUUCAGCUGUUCUAUCUGUCUGGAUCCGCUGAAGGACCCUGUGACUGUUGCCUGUGGACACAGUUUCUGUUUGAACUGCAUUACAGGCUGCUGGGAUCAAGAAGACCAGAAGGGUGUUUACAGCUGCCCCCAGUGCAGGGAGACCUUCACUCCAAGACCUGUUCUACGCAGAAACACAAUGCUGACUGAUAUGCUGGAGAAGCUGAAGAAGACUGAAUUCCGAUCUGAUGUCACAGUUUCUUCUGAUGUCAAACCAGGCGAUGUGGAGUGUGAUUUCUGCACUGGGAGGAAACAUAAAGCCAUCAAGUCAUGUCUAUCAUGCCUGGUUUCCUAUUGUGAAGUUCAUAUUCAGCCUCACUAUGAGGUGCCUCGCUUUAGCAAGCACAAGCUGGUGAAUGCCACCUCACAGCUACAGGAGAAGAUCUGCUCUCAGCACAACAGGAUCAUUGAGGUGUUUUGUCGCAAAGAUCAGAAGUUAAUCUGUAUGCUCUGUUCCAUGGAUGACCAUAAUGGACAUGACACUGUUUCAGCUGUAGCAUAACGGGCCGAGAAGAAGAACAAGUUGGCAGAGAUGAAGGUGGAGAACCAGACACAGAUCCAGCAGAGAGAGAAGGAGCUGCAAGAGGUCAACCAGGCCCUGCAAACUCUAAAGGCCUCUGCACAGGAAGCUGUUGAUGACGCUGAGAGGAUCUUCACUGAGCUGAUCAGCUUCAUGGAGCAAAAGCGCUCUGAGGUGACUGAGUUGAUCAGAGCUCAGGAGAGGGCAGAGGUGAGUCGAGCUGAAGGACUCCUGGACCAGCUGGAGUUGGAGAUCACUAAACUGAAAAGCAGAGAUGCUGAGAUGGAGAAACUUCUACUGAAAGAGGAUCCUGUUGAUUUCCUCCAGGUAAAGUCACCAACCCUGAAGUCAUUUUGUAGGCGUUUCUGGGUAACAUUACAAUGUUAG